CCUGAUUGGGUUAUUUAUAAACGCUUGUUUCUUUCCUCUCUUGUGACAGGUGUCCUGCUCUCAUGCUCCUGAACAUGGAGCAUGAAGUCCUCACUGCAUCAGAGCUCUUCCAAUCGACUCUUCUGGUCUGAAUAUGACAGACUGUGGCGGCGUCUCUGCUCCUGGACGUGGACGUGAUCAGCGAGUGUUGGCAGGAAUCUACAAAUGAACCACAGGAGCAGCAGAAACAGCUUCACCUGCUGCUUCAGGCGGAGGCUCGGCCUCCAGGUGUAGGAGCAGAUGGGACACGAGUGCGCUUCAUCUGCUGUAAACACUUUAUCACAGCAGACGGAUUGCGAUGGUUCCUGCGGAAAACGCCAGUGUUGUCUCGGCUGCGGAUCGUUGUCUGGACUGCAGCUCGUCCUCGGAUGUGGGCGUGACUAAGGUGGUGGUUCUUGGUUUGGUGCUGGUGGUGUUUGCCGUGUUCGGCGUCCUGGGAAACAUCCUGGUCAUCCUGUCCGUGCUGUUCCACCACCACUGGCGCUCAGUGACGCAUUACUUCAUCGCUAACCUGGCGGCGGCGGAUCUUCUGCUCAGCUCCGCCGUCCUGCCCUUCUCCGCCACGUCGGAGGCUGUGGGCAGUUGGGUGUUUGGCCGCACCUUCUGCAGCGUCUGGGCCGCACUGGACGUCCUCUGCUGCACCGCCUCCAUCCUUAGCCUGUGCGUGAUCUCUAUCGACCGCUACCUGGCCGUCAGCUACCCUCUGAGGUACCCGGCCAUGGCGACGGGGAGGCGUGGCCUGACGGCGGUGGCUGCACUCUGGUUACUGUCUGCAGCCAUUUCUGUUGGUCCUCUGUUCGGCUGGAGGGAACCAGAACCCGAGGACGAGACGGUGUGUCUGAUCACGGAGGAGCCGGGCUACGCCUUGUUCUCGGCGUUGGGGUCUUUCUAUAUUCCUCUGGCCAUCAUCCUGGCCAUGUACUGCCGCGUGUACACGGUGGUGAAGAGGGAGACCAGCGCCAUCAGGAAGGGCAGCCAGGCGGAGGGCGUGGAGACGGAGGGCGUGAUGCUGAGGAUACACCGAGGAAACGGUGGCGCUCAGACGGGAAAACGGGACGUUGAAGAGACAAUGAAGAGGAGGAGGUGUUGCACUUUCUCUCCGCCCAAGUUUUUCAAGUUCACUCGAGAAGAGAAGGCGGCAAAGACUCUGGGCAUCGUCGUUGGCUGCUUCGUUCUGUGCUGGCUGCCGUUUUUCCUGGUUUUACCCAUCGGUAAAUUUCCUCCUUUACAUCCACAGGUUUUCACAUUUCUGAGCAACAGAACCACAAAAACCCCACAACUCUCAACUCAACUCAUACACAUUCUCUCCACAGCACACAGAAACCACCUCCACUAUAUUCACCAUAACUUCCUGGUGUUCAAUAAUCCAGCUGGACUAUUUCCUGUAAUCUGUCAAAGAGAUAGAUGUUUAGUGAUGUUCACAUCUGCUGUGUUCUCCUCAUCACACUGACAUAGAAACACCUUUAUUACAUCUAAUACCAUGUUCAAUCACAAGUAAUGAAAGUGAAACUACUAAACCACGGACUAAAAGACAAACAUAGUGAACAACUAGUAAAGUUAGAAAAACUACAACACCACAACGGAUCUAGCUAGACCGGAAACACAACAACAGGCACGCUGCACACACUUGUUUCAGCUAAAGAGUAGUAGCUAACGUUGUGUUUUGAGUGGAUGGCGAGCGCUGUGCGCUUCUCCGUCUCCAAGC